UGUCCUUCUCUGGCCCUGCGGUUCUUGAGCAUGCACCUCGUUCAGAGUCAAAGGGAGAUUAAACUACUCGAGAACCCAUAUCUUUGUCCCCUGGCAACUCAUAAUGCAACGUGCAGAGGGGGAGGAGUUCACAUGGAUAGGUGGACAGGGCCAUUGGGUGAUGAGUUGAACUGCUGCUGAUCACUACUUCCUCUAUAAAAUGCAGCAUCAAGCACAUCAAGCUUCAGUUCCAGAGCCGUGUUGAACUUCUGAUCAUGGCCGGCGGCGGCGCGAAGAUGGGAAGCCAAGGAAGAGUAAUAUCGUCCAGUAGAAGGAAAUCUGGAAGAGGAGGAGGAGGAGGGCUCAGCAGAGUGCUGAGGGAGCAGAAGGCGAGGCUCUACAUCAUCAGGAGAUGCGUGGUCAUGCUACUGUGCUGGCAUGACUAGUACUGAUCGAUGCCUAGGCUGAAUUUUUCUUUGUUUUCCUGCUGAAUGGUGGAGGAAUUUUUGCUAGGAUCUAAAUCCUGUGAAUAUAGAUGAUAGAGAUGUGAAUUUAUGAUUUGUAGAGUAGGAUCUCGAUCAUUGUUCUUGUUUUUUUGGCCUUGUCUUUGUUUUGGCAAGUUCAAGUGCAAUCCUGAGAGCUCUGAUGUUGAAUGACUUCUUCAUAUAUAGUUCUGAAUUAAUA